AGUUUUAUGCGCCAGAACUAUUCUUGGGGUAGACUUCGCAUUUCAGAGGAAAUAGGACGGAAACUGUUCACGUCUUUGAUGGUACAUCCAAGCUUUUUAGCUGUUGUCCAUCUUUUUGGAGAGAAAACAGAGCCAGUCGAGGAAAGUUUGUCGGUAUAUUUUUGUCACCCUUUAUCGCAAUAUCGACCGAAGAGCCAGGAAAUUCCACCUUUUAUGAACGGUGGAUAUGUCGUUGGUUACAACUUGAAAUAUGCAGCAAGACACGGUAGAUCAUUUCUCGAAGAUCCGUUCUCGGUCAGGGACGCCGGCUUAUUUCAAUUCUACGCCAAAGGAUCGCAUACAGUUGAACGGUGCAAUUGGAUCUUCAUCAAUCUUCCUGAGACUCUGGAGCAACGUUUGGCGGAGGUUCUCAAAGAUGCGGAAGGAAUCGAGUGCGACCUUCAGUUUCAGAUAAACGCGAUGGUGCUUUUGGAUGCAACUAAAGAUUGGAAAAUAUAUGUUAACUUCUUGGAAGAGUUCUUUCGCAGAUUGCUGGAGGUUGGCUUCUACACGAAAGUUGACGGCCCUACAAAUUCUGGAGACAUCAACGCAGACUUUUCAGACAUUCGCAAGCUGCAGCUGUUCACGGAUAAGCUCCGUGGACUUCAUCAAUCUAUACGACUCAACUUGGAUUUGGGUGCAGGCUUGCAACAGUCUAUGAAUGACAUGGGCAAGACAUCUGAUAUGACCUCAUCCGCACGCUCAUCCGCUUUGGAAUCGUUCAAUUCUCAAAUGAAUAUGUUCAUUUGGCAACAUCGAACCCAUCUUGGCAGAAUUGAAUCGCUAAUUGCGCGAGCACAAGGCGUCUCCUCGUUGAUCCAAAGUAUCCUAGACAUCAGAACUGCAGACAGUAGCACUCGCAUAAACAGUGCUGUGCAUGAUAUUACGGAACAAGGAAUGGAGGAAAACAAACUGAUUAAACGUCUUACGCAUCAGUCGACGCAAGAUACACGGGCCAUGAAGGUGAUAGCAUUCAUCUCUGCAAUCUUUCUGCCAAGCACAUUUGUCGCCGUAGGUCUCCAAUGGUGGUAUUUUAGGCGCCAACGUUAACCUGGAGUCUUUGCGCAGACUCUCUUUGGUUCCAAUUUCUUUGGAUUCAAAACAGAAGCAAGUCAUAGCGUUCUCGUUG